AUGGGUGCUGCUCGCGCAUCGUACGGGACAUGGGAUUCCCCGCUCACUGUUGAGCAUGUCGUUGAGAACGCAGCAAACGUCUACGCUCAGCCAAUCUUCGUCGAUCCUGUCACAUCCAAACUAUACCUCUCCGACUCGCGUCCUUCAGAGGGAGGCAGGACUGCGCUGGUAGACCUUGAUACCGGGAAGGACGUGAUUCCGGGGUCGCAGUGGAACAUUGGUACCAAGGUCCACGAGUAUGGUGGCGGCCCGGGCGUGUUGGCCGUCCGAGACGGUGUCUUCUACUUCUCGCAGCGCAGCGACAAUCGCCUGUACCGCUUCAGGGAAGGAGACGGUGAUCCCGUUGCAGUGACGCCAGAGAACAUCAACUGGCGCUACGCCGACUUCGACAUUCACCCAAUCCGUCCCCACCUCCUUAUCGCGGUCCUAGAGGACCACACCAAGCCCAACCCUGCAGACGUCACUAACUCCCUCUGUGUCAUCGACACCGCCAACUCCGCCGUCCAUCCCCUCACCCAUGGCGCCGACUUCUACGCCCAGCCGCGCUUCUCGCCCGACGGGAAGAGGAUCACCUGGCAGCAAUGGUAUCAUCCCGACAUGUCCUGGACCGGGUCCGAGGUCUACGUCGUGGACUUCGACGCGGACAACUUCACCGCGAACGCGAUCACCCACGUCGCCGGCGCACGACGCAAGGUCAGCGUCGUCUACCCGACAUGGGCGUCCGCGGACACCAUCCUCUUUCUCUCAGACGAGACGGGGUACUAUCAGCCGUACAAGUACAUUGUCGGGCUCGGCACGCAGCCGACGCCCGUGUUGCGCGAGCCGACGAAGUUCGACUGGAACGGGAACUCGCCGGCGUGGACCUUUGGCUGGAGCUUCUACGCCGCGCUCGAGGAUGGCCAGCACGCGAUAUUCACGGGCACGAAGGACGGGCGGGCGGUGUUCUUCCUGGUUGACCUGCAGUCGGGCGAGAAGCACCAGUUGGACAUCCCCUAUGUGACGGUCGAUUACCUGCGCCUCAUCCCCUCCGACGGGUUGAGCUCAAAGGUUGUGUUCGUCGGCGACCUCACAGACGAUGGCUCGGCUACGGUGCAAUUGACCAUCACGCCUUCGUCGCCGCUGUCAUCCUCCACAUUUGAAGUUAAGAAGCUCUCUUCGCGUCCAACCGUCUUCUCAAGAGGCGAGCUCCCCCGAAAUCUCGUCUCCCAGCCGCGGCCCAUGACCCUGACCGCGCCGGAUGGUCACGAUAUACAUGUUAUAUUCUGGCCACCUAAGAACCCAGCUUACACGGGCGGCCUCGACGGCGAGAAGCCCCCCUGCGUCGUGCAAGCGCACAGCGGGCCCACCGGCCUCACGCCCCCAAAGCUCAACCUUGAGAUCCAGUACUACACGACGCGAGGGUGGGCCUGGCUCGAAGUCAACUACCGCGGCUCUUCUGGCUACGGGCGGGCGUACAUGGACGCCUUGAAUGGUCAAUGGGGCGUCGCCGACGCGGAGGACUGCAGCGCAGCUGCUGUCCGACUACGUGGACACGAAGCGCAUGGUCAUACGCGGGAGCUCUGCCGGAGGGUACACCGUGCUCUCCGCACUCUCGUUCUCCUCGAAGCCAGCGUUCUUCGCGGCGGGGACGUCAUGGUAAGUCGUCUGCGUGUUUCCAGUACAAGUGUAUUGAUUGCGGCCCCUAGCUAUGGAAUCGCCGACAUCGCCCUCCUCAUGUCGAGCAACAUGCACAAGUUCGAAAUGCACUACAUCGACGUGCUCAUCCGGCCAGAGGGGCAGUAUGAGGCGAAGGAGGAGAGGGACAGACUGUAUGCUGCACGGUCGCCCAUCACGCACGUCGAGAAGAUCGUCUGUCCGUUGUUGAUCCUCCAAGGAGAGGAAGACACCGUCGUGCCCAAAUCCCAGGCGCAGGCCAUGUACGACACGAUCAAGGCACGCGGUGGCGUAGCGGAGAUGCAGGUCUACCCAGGCGAAGGCCAUGGCUUCCGCAGGGCGGAGACUGUGCGCGACUGCACGGAGCGGGAAUUGAAGUUUUAUGAGCGGAUACUGGGAUUGAAGAAGUGA